UAGAAGCCCUAAGGACUGAAGGAUCUAGCCUUCCUGUGUAGAGAGUAAGGAAGAUAAAAAGGAGCUAAAAUUUUGUUCCUAGACAGUUAAAACAAUAAAAGUGAGUGAGUGUGUCUCUGUGUGUUUACAUACCUACUCACUUCAGUCUUUAGGACAAAGAUGAUUCUCAUUUGAUAAGAAUCCAUUGGGAUGGACACAUGGGAAGUCUCCUGGGAAAAUAAACUUCCAUCGUACAAUUAUUCACUUAGAAUGAUGACAUCUUCUUAGACAACAUGGCGAAUGCAUAAAUGAAAACAAAAAAAGGAAGUAAAAGUGGAGAGGAUGUUCAGAAAAUGAAAUUGUCCGCGUUCCCUAUUUAAGAGCCAUGCUUCGAGGCCGUGCUCAGAGAACCUCGGCCCCGAGGUCCCCCAGCCGCCCAGCUCAGCCCGCCCAGCAGCCCCCUCGGCUUCCCCAUGGCUCUCCUGCGCCCUCUGCUGACCGCCCUGGCGCUGCUCACCUGCCGCCCUGGAGGCUCUCUGGGCUGUGCCCUGCCUGGGAGCCACGCGCAGGUUAGCAGGGACAACUUGGUGCUCCUGGGCCAGAUGCGGAGACUGUCCCCUUUCUUGUGCCUGCGGGCCAGAAAAGACUUCCGCUUCCCGCUGGAGAUGCUGGAGGGCGGCCAGCUCCGGGAGGCCCAGGCCGCCGCCGCCGUCCUGCGGGAGCUGCUCCAGCAGACCUUCAACCUGUUGCACACGGAGCGCUCCUCGGCGGCCUGGAGCCCCGCGCCGCUGCACGGACUCCGCUCUGGCCUCCACCGGCAGCUGGAAGCCCUGGACGCCUGCUUGGUGCAGGCCACGGGCGAGGGAGAGCGCGCCCCGGGGAUGCACGACCCUGCCCUGGCCAUCAAGAGGUACUUCCAGGACAUCCGCGUCUACCUGGAGGACCAGGGAUACAGUGACUGCGCCUGGGAAAUUGUCAGACUGGAAAUCAUGAGAGCCUUGUCCUCCUCGGUGACCUUGCAAGACAGCUUGGCCAUCAAGGAUGGAGACCUGGGGUCACCUUGAAGUGAUUCUCAUUGCCUGACGUGCCACAUCACCCUGCACUAU